UUUGCUAUUCAAGCUCCAGUAAAGGCUGCACCAAAUUUUCUGAUCUGCGUAUAACCCUUAAGACUUAGUUUGAAGAAUACGCCAUGGCUGUAGAUCAGGGAGGUGGAAAUGCUGCUUUCAAAGACAAAGAAAAGCCCCAGGCAGUUCGCCAGUCCAACAUCCAAGCCGCAAAGGCUGUUGCCGAUGCCAUACGGACCUCGCUUGGCCCCAGAGGCAUGGACAAGAUGAUACAAACAGGCAAAGGCCAGACUAUAAUAACGAACGACGGCAACACCAUGCUGAAGAACAUCGCGGUCAUGCACCCAGCAGCCAAAAUGCUAGUUGACCUUGCCAACGCCCAGGACAUUGAGGCAGGAGACGGCACGACGUCUGUGGUUGUUAUAGCUGGAAGUUUGUUAGAUGCGGCCGACAAGCUGCUGGAGAAGGGCAUUCACCCCACCGUCAUAUCAGAGGCGUUCCAACGUGCGGCGGCAGCUGCUGUGGAAGUGCUGCAUGAUAUGUCGCUGCCGAUCUCACUAAGUGAUAGAGCAACGCUGUUAAAAGCUGCAUCGACAUCAUUGAGCUCAAAGAUCGUCUCACAAGAACCAAAGCUUGCGCCCAUGGCUGUGGACUCCGUGCUCAAAGUGAUAGACCCAAAGACAGCAGAAAACGUCGAUCUCAGCAACAUCCGCAUCCUAAAGAAGCCCGGUGGCACCAUCGACGAGAGUGAGAUGGUCGAUGGUCUGGUACUGCAGCAGCAAGUAAUCAAGAGCGCCGGAGGUCCUACACGCAUGGAGAAGGCACGGAUAGCUCUCAUACAGUUCCAGCUAAGCCCGCCUAAGCCUGAUAUGGAGAACUCGAUCGUUGUAAACGAUUAUAGACAAAUGGACAAGAUUCUGAAAGAGGAGCGCACUUAUCUUCUCAACAUGGUCAAGAAGAUUAAGAAGGCAAAGUGCAAUGUUCUUUUGAUACAGAAGUCAAUACUGCGUGAUGCAGUAAACGACUUAUCGUUACACUUUCUCUCGAAACUGGGCAUUCUGGCGGUCAAAGACAUUGAGCGCGACGAGGUGGAAUUCAUCUGCAAGAGCACUGGAUGCAAACCCAUCGCUGAUAUUGAUUCGUUCACAGAGGACAAGCUUGCCUCGGCCGACCUCGUUGAAGAGAUUCAAAGCUCAGGUUCACGCAUUGUCAAGAUUACAGGUAUCAAAGCUCCCCAACAAACUGUAUCGAUUGUGUGCCGAGGCGCCAACGCUCUCAUCCUCGAUGAGGCCGAACGCUCGCUCCACGAUGCUCAAUGCGUUAUUCGCUGCUUGGUCAAAAAGAAGGCGCUUCUUGCUGGUGGCGGUGCACCGGAAAUUGAGAUCGCACACCAGCUGUCUACGAGGGCGAGGAGUUUGACAGGCACAGAAGCCAUCUGCUGGAAAGCUUUUGCAGAUGCUUUGGAAGUUGUUCCAACGACCUUGGCAGAGAAUGCGGGGUUGAACAGUAUUAAGGUCGUCACAGAACUCAGGCAUCGGCAUGCGCUUGGAGAACGGAAUGCAGGCGUUAGUAUCAAGAACGGAGGGGUCAAGAAUAAUAUUACUGAAGAGAAUGUGCUGCAGCCGUUGUUGGUGAGCACAAGUGCGAUUGAGCUCGCAGCCGAGACUGUCAAGAUGUUGCUGAGGAUAGAUGAUCUUGUGCUGUCUAGAUGAUCGUGGUCUGGUAAGGCAGUGUAGCCUUAACUGUAUGAAAGGGAAUCAAGAUUCAUGAAUAUAACAAAAAUAGAACGAUCCCAGCAGGUAUCAGACUGGAAGAGCAUUAUCUAAUAUUUCCCUACCUGAUCUUGUUCAACCACAGAAUCGCUUGAAGCCUUCAAUUUAGCUUAGCUCGCAAGAAUUAGCAAUACAUGGCCACUUGAUGCAAA